UAACAAACACCAUGAUCCCUUUACAUGUCAUAUAACUAACCACAGAGAAUAGCGGGUGGACGCAUGUACAUGAAUUUCCGCAACGGCAAAGGAAGCCAUUAUGGCGCGAAUGGAGACUGGAAAUCCUCCCGCACUAAGCCGCCCGGACAAGCACUUAAAGAGGGUGAUCACUUCACCGUUCAGUUUGAAAAUGUGGACGUACACAAAUCACCCUAUUGCGCACCCAAUCCCACCUGCGAAAAUGAUGGUUUUCAGUUCCAUAUGACGUCCCUUAAAGAAAACGGUAUCAUGAAAGCACCCUACGAUCCGGACGAGUCCAACACGUACAGAAUCACCGACCAGUCGGGCGAUCUCAAUCACUACCACGUGCGCGUUACCCGGAGCGGAAACGGCGCCAAAGACGCUAAAGUUGAGCUGUGGGGUUACGGCGGCGAUACGAAACACUCCAAAGGUACCCAGCACACUACGAAUUUCGAUGCGGGCCACGACUUUGAAGUUCACGGGUUUCCCAAGAGCCUUUUCAUCAAACCUAAGGACAACAAGUUGGACGGUGAGCUCGAUUUCAGGUACCACGAGAAGAACCAGCCAAUAAAUCAUGAUAAGUACGCGUACUUUGAAUGGACAACGAACAGUAAGGGAAGAUACAGUAGUACCGCCAGUAAUAAGUACUGCGAGGGCAAAUCUAGUGGCCAAGGGGCUCAGGCCAAGCAUGUGUGGGAUUGUCGCUUCCCUGGCUACUAAUUUACUCUUGAAGUGUUGGUGUCAGGUUAUAAUAGUUGAUAUAUUCUCUUCUUUCAACACGGAGUUUUAUCUCAUUUUUUUUUUUUUAUUUGUUUAACACCAUGCAACCCCCUGAUCCAUUCUAUAGGCGAGCACCUGACUGCUCAGCUCCUUAUGUAGAUAAACCUCGCUGCUAGUCACUCUUUACAAUUCAGCCGCGUUUACAUCUUCACUAGCACGGUUCAUUCAAACAUGGAAAUAGUAAGGAUUUAAUACUUACUCUUUCGCCCUUUCACUUUUCUAUCAUCGUGUCCUUGAAGGAUACACCAUGGUAUACUUUCAAUACUCUUAUAUCUCGUAUUUACUUUCUAUUAUAUCGACUUAAUAAGAGCUGGAUACCUUCUUAGUUAACGGACGACAAGUCACUCGAAUCGUUUACCAGGAACUUUAGUACGGUUAAGAAGACAUGGGUACCCGCUGGGCGGGCGACUGGAAGUUACAGCGAUCUGAAAAACGUU